AUUUAGUUAAUUUUUAUAAUUUAUCCUAUAAUUACUUGUUAUACGAUAUUGUUACUGUAAUCACUUAACUCUAAAUAUUAUCUUUAUUUAACCUAUGCGUAGAUUAUCUAUUAAUAAAAAUGGAAUCUGCUAUAGUGCAUUUAGAACAAAGUGUUGAAAAGGCUGAUGGAAAACUUGAUAUGAUUGCUUGGCAAAUAGAUGCUUUUGAGAAAGAAUUUCAAGAUUCUGAGUCAGAACCAAUAUCUGUAUUACAAUUAUUACGCUCAGUAACACAAGUAAAAGAAGAAUAUCAAGUGCUGCGUCAAGAUAUUCGUGAAGUUCUCCAGUUACAAAAGCAGCUUACAGAAUCUGUUAGAGCUCAGCUUCUACAAGUCCAUGGACAUUUUAAUAUAUUACGAAAUCGAAUUAUUGGUCAUAACAGAACACCACAAUUAAAGUAAAAAUAUAUUUUUGUCAGUUUUUAGAUUUUACAUUGUUAAGUUAUUUCUGCUAUUUUACUAAAAGUGUGAAAUAUAAAAUAUAUCGUACAAGUAAAAUAAAAUAUUAAUUUGUU